AUGUGGAGGGCACCUCGAAUUUAUUAUCUCGUUAAUAGAUUGAGUAAAGUGAACACUAGUGAUGUCAAUCGAUGUUACAGUCAAAUGUUGUCCCAACCAUGUUAUUCGCAAACCAAAUCUGAAUCUAUUCCUUCUGAGCAAAAAGCUAAUGGUAGAGAGAUACCAAAGCAUUAUAUUGGGGAAAAUGUAUCUAGAAAAGAUAGAACCAAGUUUCUUCUCACCACACUUCGAGAUAUCGAUGAUAGUAAGGAGGCUAUUUAUGGUGCUCUUGAUGCAUGGGUUGCUUGGGAGCAGAAUUUUCCAAUUGGGGCAUUGAGAAAUAUAUUGAUUAGUCUUGAGAAGGAACAACAGUGGCAUAGGAUUGUUCAGGUAAUUAAAUGGAUGCUGAGCAAGGGGCAAGGGACGACGAUGGGAACAUAUGGUCAAUUGAUUCGAGCUUUAGAUAUGGAUCAUAGAGUUGGAGAAGCACACAAAUUCUGGGAAAUGAAAAUUGGCACUGAUUUGCAUUCUGUUCCUUGGCAGAUGUGCCAUCUUAUGAUAUCAGUAUAUUAUCGAAACAAUAUGCUGGAUGAUCUUGUUAAGCUUUUCAAGGGACUGGAAGCUUUUGAUCGUAAACCUCGUGAUAAAUUAAUCAUUAAGAAAGUGGCAAAUGCUUAUGAGAUGUUAGGCUUGAUUGAAGAGAAAGAGAGAAUAAUGGAAAAAUACAGUCAUCUCUUCAUAGAGGAAGGACCAAGACCAGUCAGGAAAGGUGGAAGAAAGUCGAGUGCAACAAAGAAGAAAAGGCAGCCCAAUGAAUCUAUACAGGACUCUGAGGAAAAGUAG